AUGUUUUGGCGAAAGCGUGCCCAGGACUCGUCUGUCCCAGAGCAAACGGAGCCAGCAGAAUCCAACGGCCCAUCUGGCCAGGACGGUCUGGCCGAUCUCCAGAAAGCUCUCGCCGAUGCGUACGCUUCGAAGUCUGCGGAGUCUUCGUCGCAAGCCACAGAGAGAAGCCUUGGCUCCAUGAGAGAUAAGGCCAGCAAGAGGGCCGAGUCGAUUUCGCUGGACAGGUUUCCUGUAAGUAUCUGGUUGCAGAAGUCUAACAUGCUAGAAAGAAAUGUCCUGCCUCACUGCCAUGGACGAGCUAAUGGAAUGUAUGUCUUUGGGGGGCCAAGUUCGCAAUUAUUACCGCUACGGCGACUUGAGCAUGUGCGAGAAACAGAGUGA